AACACGCUAGGGUUCUGGGGAAGAGCAAAUCGAAAUCUCCGAAGUUGAGACGAUGAAGAGGCUAUUUCAUUUUUCCUUCUUCUGCAAAACCGUGUUUUCCACUCGUUCUCCUCGCUCGCACGAUGCUGCCCUCCUCUUUGCCGUCUUACCUUACUCGGCCUCCGCCCCCUACGCCGGCGCCGCAUCCGCCACUGUUGAGCGCAUGUUCAUGGCCCAAUACCUCGUCGACGCAUGUGGCUUCGACCAGGAGAAGGCCACCGAGGCCUCGAAGCUUCUCAAGGGCAUCCAAUCCCGGCAGCAGCCCGACUCCGUCCUUGCUUUCCUCAAAAGUUACGGCUUCGAUGACGCAUCAGUAAAAAGGCUCCUACUUUACUUCCCCAAAUGUCUUCUUUUGGACGUAGAGAAGACACUUGCCCCAAAGUUCCGAGCUUUCGAAGAUCUGGGUUUCUCCCCAUCCGACAUCGUCGACCUCGUCUGGUCGAAUCCCGCCACCGUCCAAGUCAAACAUGAACGCACUGUGCCUAAGAUCGAAUUUUGGCAAGGCCUUCUCGGGUCCAAGGAUGCGCUGGUGAAGUUGUUCAAGAGAAACCGAGCGAUUCUUUCGUACAGUAUCGAGAAGAAGAUCCAGCCCAACAUUGAGUUGCUCCGGGAAUGCGGCUUGGACGGCCCAAAGCUUACCUCUGUGUUGCGGUACUGCCCACUGAUCGUGGCACAGAAUGCUGAUUUCUUGAAGACCUUGAUCAGUCGCGCGGAGGACUUGGGAGUGCCACAAACAUCGGGGAUGUUCCAAUGCACUCUGCGUGCACUUAUCAAGGUCAGUCGAGAGAAAUUCAAGAUGCAAAUGGAAUUGUUCAGGAGCUUCGGAUGGUCAAAAGAUGAUUUUGUUGUGGCAUUCCAAAAAUCUCCUUCCUUCACAGGAAUGUCUUUGAAUGCUUCUCAGAGAAAAAUGGAGUUCUUGAUCAAUGAGGUUGGAUAUGCUUCGUCAUACAUUGCUAUACAUCCAACACUAUUGGUAUUGAGCUUGGAGAAAAGGUUGAUUCCGAGACAUCAGAUCUUGGCAACCUUGAAGUCCAGGGGGCACUGUGAAAAUGAUUACAAAGUUGCAACAUUCAUGUUGAUUUCAGAGGCCAAAUUCAUAGAGAAGUACAUUAUGGUCUACAAGGACAGGUAUCCAGAUCUGAGUGAACUCUAUGCAAAGCUUAAACCACUCUAAUGCUUCUGAUUCUGAACUUCAAUGAGGUUCUGUUGAAUGUUGCACGGUUGUCUCUUAACAUAAAAAAAUGUGGAACCGCCACAUCAGCGGCCCCCCUAGAGUCGGUCCCACGGAUAUGGAGGGAGGUAAAUGCAGGUACACAGGUGAAAAGUGCAUGGUGGAGACGUUACGGUUGUCUCUUAACAUAUUUUUAUAAAAGGUAGCGAGGCCAUUGCCACAUGGAUGAAAUGUUUUGAACA